AUGAUCUUCAGGUUAAAACACGGACUUGGUGCAAUACAUAUUAUAGCGAUAGAAGCCACUGAUAAUAAUGACAAAAUUCUUCGCUGCUAUAUUAAUGGAUCCUUUUCUACAUUUCAAGACUUUAGUUUUGACAAUCCUACACCUUUGCUAAACUCAUCAUGUUAUGACCCGUCAAAACAGACGGUAUUUUACACAUAUGGUUUUGGUGGCAAAAAUAACGGUCCCUCUGUAGAAACCCUGUUCAGAGCGUAUGUGGCUUUGAACUUCAACUUUAUACUGGUGGGUUGGGAGAAAGGCGCUUCGAAUGAAUCAGGUGUACUUGGUUAUCCAACAGCUGCAGAAAAUGCUUUAAUUGACGGGAAACAAUUAGGUCAAGUUUUAAUAACCUUGACCAAUGCUGGAUUGAGCGCAAUAAGCAUUAUCUUGAUAGGAUUUUCACUGGGAGCACAUUUUAUGGGAGAAGCCGGAAAAGAAUUCCAAACAAGUGGACAAAUUAUUCCAUUGCUUAUUGGCUUAGAUCCUGCGGGUCCACUAUUCUUAGUACGAGGUAUAAAUCCCCAGUGCGCCGUAUUUGUGUGUAUUCUCCACACGAAUCCCAGCGGACUGGGCACGACUCAAAGUAGAGGCAGGGUGGACGUGUGGCCUAAUUGCCCGUCUCGAGUACAACCUGCCUGCGCGGCUGCUGGAGGUGGCAUUGGCUUUAUGACACCAGAGAAUAUGUGCAGUCAUGAUACCUCCUGGAGGUACUAUGCAGAAGCAAUAACGAUGUCGAAUACGCAUGUAGCCAGACCGGCGUCGAGUUGCAGGAGCUUUAGAGCGGGAAAUGGAGGCAAUCUGACCUUUACGAUACAGGUCAACCUUGAUACUAGCCGGCGUGGAAAUUUCUACUACGUCACCAACGCAGCACCUAUUUAUGGCAGAGGAGUGGCUGGAGCAAAUCCGAAUUAACUGAAGCAUUUUGUCAAUCCAUGUUAGAUAGAUGCGUACCGCCCAUAUUAAUUCCUACCCCAUAUUAAAUGCGUCGCACGAAAAAUGCGCUUGAAUCUACAAGAUGUAGAAAGUUUAUUUGCAGUUAGUAACUCUCUGGAACUACU